AUGGUGGUUUUAUCUCUGCCAGUUCUUGAUAACGGCCUACCCCACAUCAUCAAAACAAGCAAGCCCACAUCAAACACUUUCACCGGGAUUCCGGUUGUUGACCUUUCGAACCUCGCAAACGCUAAAACUCUUAUAGUCAACGCCUGCAAAGAAUUCGGUUUCUUCAAAGUGGUCAACCAUGGCGUCCCCAUGAAUUUGUUGACCGAACUAGAAGCCGAAGCUGUUAGGUUUUUCGAGUCACCCCAACACCAAAAGGACAAAUCGGGCCCCCCCAACCCUUUCGGCUACGGCAACAAGAAAAUCGGGCCCAACGGCGAUGUGGGCUGGGUCGAAUAUCUUCUCUUCUGCACAAACCCUCAUAACCCAAACGCCGCCGCCGUUCCAGGACUCCAACAAACUUUACGCAAUCUUGUGAACGAGUAUGUAUCGGCUGUAAGAAACAUGGCAUGCGAAGUACUUGAAAUGAUUGCGGAAGAAUUGCAGCUUGCGGAGAGUGAUGCUUUGAGUAAAAUGAUCAGAGAUGAAAAAAGUGAUUCUUGUUUCAGGCUUAACCAUUACCCGCCAUGCCCGGACCUCGGAGAAUUGAGUGGCCGCCGGAGUUUGGUUGGAUUUGGAGAACACACAGACCCACAGAUUAUGUCUGUUUUAAGGUCAAACAACACAUCCGGUCUGCAAAUCUGCCUCAAAGACGGCGCGUGGGUUUCCGUACCAUCUGAUCCCGAAUCGUUCUUCCUCAAUGUCGGUGAUUCUUUGCAGGUAAUGACAAAUGGGAGGUUUAGGAGUGUGAAGCACAGAGUGUUGGCGGCAGAUAAUAUGAAAUCGAGAGUGUCGAUGAUUUACUUCGGAGGGCCGCCUUUGACGGAAAGGAUAACGCCGUUGUCGGAAAUAAUGGAAGAAGGUGAAGAAAGUUUGUACAAGGAGUUCACAUGGUCGGAAUACAAGAAGUCAGCUUACAAGACUAAGUUAGGUGAUGACAGGCUUGAGUUUUUUCUAAAGUCUGCUUCUUCUGCCUAAUCAUGUAUUAACUAAUGGUCAAGAGUUGACCCCCUUAGCUUUUAGCUCUAGCUCUAGCUAGACAUAUGAAUAGGGUUCGUUUUUUUUUUUUUUAGAGAAAUUUAUUUUUAUGUUUUUAUUUAUGACGUCACCUAACUUUGGGUUUUGUGUUUAUCAUGAGUUGUUGUAACGACUAGGACCGUGUUGGUAUUAAUGCAAAUGUCAUGGUUGUAUGUCAUCUCUGUCUGAAAUUAAAUGUGGCCGUUAUCUGGU